GGGUGAUGGGCGUGUCUCUCCUCACCAACAUGUCGGCGUAGAGUUUCCGUCCAAACUUUACCGUCGAUCUUCAGAGAGUUUAUCCGCUCAGCAGCAGCCGGUGAGCGGGGAACAUGGUGCGUGAGCGCGGCGUGGACUUAGCUCAGCCUCCGCAGGGCGGUCUGUUUAGGAAGUUCGUGGUUUUAAUCGUAUUUAUCAGCGUAAACUUCGCGGCUUGUGUCUGCGAACGAGUCGCCCCAGAGAGAUGCCUCAUCUGGGGUCCAGGGCUGAACCCCGACGUAGUUUUACCGGUCCGCUACUUCGUUAUUCAGGCGGUCGAUUCAAACGGAGAGAAGCUGACCGUGUCUCCAGGUAGAGACACGUUUAAAGUGAAGAUAAGUCCGCUGGACAAGAAGGAGCACAUCCGGAUCCACGUCCCUCCGCCUCUGGACCGACAGGACGGCUCCUUCUUGGUGAGGUACCGGCUCUACGGGACGGUGCUGAACGGCCUGACGGUCGAAGUCCUCCACCAAGAUGCUGCUGUCGCCAAGUCACCGUACACCAUCCGAGGCCCGGUUUAUCACGAAUACUGCGACUGUCCCGAACACGACGCCUCCGUGUGGCAGGGCGUCAUGCAGUGUCCCGCCGAGGAGCCUCAGGUUCUGGCGGACUUCAAAUCUUUUCCGAGCGUCGACCUGGAACGUAUCAGACAGGAAGUGCCUCACAGGUUCGUCAACAGGGGAGGCCUCAUUCACUACGCCAUCAUCGACAACAAGCUGUACCGCCGCACUCUGGGGAAAUACACCGACUUCAAGAUGUUCUCCGAUGAAAUUCUGCUCUCUCUGACAAGAAAGGUGAGGGUGCCCGACGUGGAGUUUUUCAUCAACGUCGGCGACUGGCCGUUAGAGACGAGGAGAUCGGAUGCCGUUCCGGUCUUGUCGUGGUGCGGCUCUACGGACACGCGGGACAUCGUCCUGCCCACCUACGAGGUCACGCACUCCACCCUGGAGACCAUGAGAGGGGUCACCAACGACCUGCUGUCCGUCCAGGGAAACACGGGGCCUCCGUGGAUAAAUAAAACCGAUCGGGCGUUUUUCCGCGGUCGGGACAGUCGAGAGGAGCGUCUUCACCUCGUCUCUCUGUCCAAGAAAAACCCCGAGCUGCUAGACGCCGGCAUCACGGGGUGGUUCUUCUUCCGAGACCGCGAGAAACAUGUCGGCAAAGCGCCGCUGGUUGGAUUCUUUGACUUCUUCAAGUACAAGUACCAGGUGAACGUGGACGGGACGGUGGCGGCGUAUCGCUUUCCUUACCUGAUGCUCGGGAACAGUCUGGUCCUGAAGCAGGACUCUCAGUAUUACGAGUUUUUCUACAGCCACCUCAAAGCCGGCACUCAUUACAUCCCUGUGAAGAGAAACCUGUCGGACCUUUUGGAGAAAAUCGAAUGGGCCAUACAGAACGACGCCGAAGCUCGGGAGAUCGCCAGAGCGGGUCAGAGCGCGGCCCGAGAGCUGCUGCAGCCCAGCAGACUGUACUGUUACUACUACAGAGUGCUGCAGGUGUACGCCGAGCGGCAGACGGGUCGGCCGACGCGGCAUGCGGACAUGGAGCUGGUGUCUCAGCUGGACGACCACACCGCCAAGUGCACAUGUGAGCGUAGAGAAGAAGCCAACAUGAAGGAUGAACUAUGAUGGAGUCCGACGGUUCUUUGUUUUUUAUCUUGGACUGUAAAAUUAUAAUGCCACUCUUUGUCUUUAAAACUGCGUCGUGUUGUUUUUUGUACCUUUUUGUAAAACUGAGGAUAAUAAUUACUGUUUUGUAAACGUGCCUAUACAUUGAAUAUUUUUACAGUGUUACCUUGAAUAAAUCAUAAAUCACAUACAGUGAA